AUGGCCGCCUCACUCCCAUACCAAGAGCCGGACAUUGUCACAAUCCUCAUUCAGGCAUCGUUCCUGCUAGUUCUCAAUAUCACAAACUUCCUGCUUGAUCGGGCCGUGUACUGCGGUCUUAUCGGGCAGAUAUUCAUAGGAGUGGCCUGGGGAACCCCUGGCGCGAAAUGGCUGAGCAUAGAGGCCGAAGAGACAGCUGUCCAGCUGGGCUACCUUGGACUGCUGCUUUUGGUAUAUGAAGGCGGACUCUCGACAUCUUUGAAAGCUCUCAAGGCCAACUUUUUCUUAUCUUCGUGCAUUGCUGUUACUGGUAUUAGUGUGCCAGUGGGACUUUCGUUCAUCCUCCAAGAGCUCAGUGAUGCCACGCCUCUCCAGUCCUUCGCAGCGGGCGCAGCCUUGUGCUCCACAAGCUUGGGGACUACUUUCACAGUGCUUCGCUCAACUGGUCUAAUGAGCUCGAGGCUCGGCGUAGUGCUCACGAGUGCAGCCAUGAUGGACGAUGUAGUUGGCCUUGUCAUGGUCCAGGUUAUUUCCAACUUGGGGCCAUCCAGCGCGAGCAUCGGUGCUGUCACCAUCAUCAGACCACUACUAGUAUCUCUUGCCUUUGCGGUGUGCGCGCCCCUUGUAUGCGUCUGGAUGGCCAAACCACUCACUCUCUGGUUAAACUCUCAGCGGGUGACGCACCCAAAAGGGGCUAUCAAUAUUCUUCUUAGCAAGGAGAGGGCACCAUGGAUCAUUCAUACAUGCAUAUUAAUUGGUUCCAUCGUUGGUUCAACAUAUGCUGGCACCUCCAACUUAUUUGCCGCCUAUAUUGCCGGUGCGUCUAUCGGUUGGUGGGAUUCAGAAGUGCCUCAUCUUUCUAGUGAGGCAUUAUCUACAGGAACACCUUCUACUAGGGCAUCUUCUACGGGAAAUUUCUCUCCAGCGCAGAGUGAGGCUUCUGAGAAUUUAGAAUCGAAUAACACAGAGACUCCUGGCGAUGCCGCCUCAGAGCCUAGGAAGGCGGGGCCAUCUGGACAUGCUAUCUUUGAGCAGUAUUAUCUGCAGCCACUUGAGAGAAUUCUAAAGCCAUUCUUUUUUGCUUCCAUUGGCUUCUCUAUUCCCAUCACGGAAAUGUUCGACGGUUCAGUUGUCUGGAAAGGAAUCGUGUACACCAGCCUAAUGAUGCUUGGCAAGCUUGUGUGCGGGAUCUGGCUCCUUCGCAUACCAUCUCUAUCAUCUCUUCUCAACAGAUUUAUAACCUUCAUGAAGCACCCAAGGUUACAAAUGUCCCACUUUUGGGGCCGAGGCCACACAAAGCCUAAAGUAUCUCGCGAUUCGACUUCUGCACUCGCACGCCAACCUCAAGGGACGUCUCCAACAUUGCAAUCAAGCAAUGAAACGGCCACGCAAGCGACAGCUCCGCAAUUAGAUCCAGAGGGAGUAAAGCCGAAAUCAAUCUAUCCCGCUGCUAUUAUAGGCUGUGCAAUGACAGCGCGUGGAGAAAUCGGUUUCCUAAUUUCGUCAAUCGCGGAGAGCAAGAAGAUAUUCUCUUCAACUCGAGCUGAUGAUGGAAAGAACUCAGAAAUUUUUCUCAUCGUCACUUGGGCCAUCAUGCUCUGCACAAUCAUAGGCCCCUUGUCAUUAGGGCUUAUUGUAAAACGAGUGAGGCAGCUGCAGCAUGGAGCUGAAAAAGAUGGUCGGUCAGUUCGGAAGGAUGUGCUUGGGGUUUGGGGGUUGCCAUGA